CAUCCAGCCUGUCAGGAUUCACUUCUCAAACCAUUAGGUUUCUUCUUUCGCCCACGUCCUUCGUUCCUAAAACUUCCCACUCUUGUAUUUUCCUUCUUCUUUUGUCCUACAUUCUGGUACAUACAGAGUAUGUCGGUCGCAAUCAACGCCCCGACCUCCGUUCAUGAGCUCCUUGCUCGGGCGGCAGCCUCUUGUGUGAGCGCCGUUCCGGACAAGAAUGGCUAUGUUCCGCCUCACACUUGCAAUUCUAACUAUGAUUAUUACCCUUCCUUUGCCCUAGCAGUUAUAUUCUGCGGCCUCUUUCUCCUGACGACAGUCCUACACAUAUUCCAGGCGUUCUAUUACAAGAAAGGAUUCUGCGCCGUCAUUAUAAUGGGAGCGCUGUGGGAAGUUGCUUCCUUUAUCCUACGUGUUCUCGGAACGAAGGACCAGCAAAAGAGGUUCUAUGCCUCGAACAGCUUUCUCCUCUUCACUCUAGCACCAUUAUGGAUAAAUGCGUUCGUCUACAUGGUCGCAGGCCGUUUGAUCUUCUGUUUCGUUCCCUCCAGAAAAGUCUUCGGAAUUAAGGCCACAUGGAUUGGAAAGCUCUUUGUAGUCUUUGACAUUAUUUCAUUCAUCAUUCAGCUUAGUGGAGGCCUAAUGAUCAGCCCAGGGGCUAGCGAGGCGAACAAACAGAACGGUUUACACAUCUACCAAGCCGGCAUUGGAGCUCAACAAGGUUUUGUGGUGAUGUUCAUUGUGGUCAUGAUUGGAUUCCACAAGUCCAUGUACGAUCUGGAGAAAACUGGAUGGAGAGAUAAUCUUGGAAGGAAAUGGAAGUUGAUGAUUUGGCUCCUAUACCUCAUCCUACUCUUGAUCACGAUUCGCAUAAUCUACCGACUAGCCGAAUAUCUCCUUGGCCUCGACGAUUCGAACCCUUUACCCAACCAUGAAGUCUACAUGUACGUACUAGACGCUGUUCCAAUGUUCGUUUCACUUGCAAUCUUGAACAUUAUGCACCCAGGACGUGUGCUCUUUGGUCCAGGAUCCGACUACAGGCAGGGCAAGAAACAGUUGAGGCUCGAAAAAAAAGUCGCGAAGAAAGCGCGUAAACAAGGAAAACGGGAUACAGUUAAUGGUUAUGGGGAUGAUGAGGAGAGAAUGAUAGGAUAUGAGCUCAGCAGCAGAAAUGGAAGUACGGCGUAUCUGGGAACAGAGCCGUCGACGUAUUCGCCAUUAAGCCAUGAGCGCGCUGGAGCGAGCCAUUUACAGCCACCGCUAUAUGAUCCACACCGUGGGCAUGGAUAAAGUGUCGUACCGUUAUCAAUGAGUCCUCAAGCUAUUUCUUACAUUUAAUUAGACUUUACUAGACUUAUCUCCACGACCUCAGCUUUGAAACUUGUCACGAGAGGCGAAGCAUAGACUCGAAGUUUUGCUACUUGUCAUAGAAUGUAGAACAUGACAGAAAUCUUUUAGGACGGAAACUUGCUAUUCUUUUGGCGUCCUCCCUGGCUCUCGCAAGAGGUAAAAUACAGAGACUAUCCCCCAGCUAGGUUCUAUGUUGUGGGAUAGCAUGCUGUAGUUUCUUAUACGUAACCGAAUUAGGCUAGCGUCGGAUCGGA